AUGGCGUUAAACGGUUCGUUACCGCCGAUAUUCGCUACGUGCAUUCGAACAAUUUCAACUUCUUCGAUAAGAAGUGGAAAAAAAAAUUUUCGACAAUUUCCUCUUUAUAAUUUUAGAGGAUCAAUGGCGUUUAGAAAAAAACAACAAGAAAAUCCGCAUCCGAAUAUUCCGAUAUACAAAUAUGGCGUGAGAGAACCGGGUUAUACAAUUAAUAAUAAAUUUCAUUUUGUGCCUGAAAUGAUACCUGAAAUAAUUGUUCCUGAUUUAACAGAUUUCACAUUAAAACCUUAUGUGUCAUAUAGAUCAUCUGAUAUAAUGCAAACAGAAUUUACAGCCAAAGAUUUAUUCGAUGCUAUUUACAGUGAAAAAAUACAAAAUGAUUUUUACAAAGGAAAAUUAGACGAGGAUGGUAAUUCAUUAGAACCAAACAAUUAUGAAAAAAUGACGGAGGAGGAAGCCGAAUUAUUAGCUAAACAAACUGGAAGUGAUAUAUUCGGUUAG